UGUCGGAGACAUUGCACGCAUCUCUCCAAUGGCCCCUGGCUUCCGAGAUCGUACGUCGGAGUUCCGAUCUCUCUCUCAAACUCUGAAGAAGGUUGAGGGACUCUCUUUGCCUAAUCAAGCUGAAGAUGCUCCUUCCACAUCGAAACAGUAUACUCCCGUGUCCUAUUCUAGAUCUGAAUUCAACAGAAAGGCCUCUCGAAUCGGGUUGGGUAUCCAUGAAACCUCCCAGAAGAUUUCGAGGCUUGCUCAAUUGGCAAAGAAGUCAUCCAUGUUUAAUGACCCCACUGUGGAAAUACAAGAAUUAACGGCUGUUAUUAAGAAUGACAUCACGGCAUUGAAUUCAGCUCUUUCAGAUUUGCAAACGAUUCAAAACAUGGAAACAGCUGAUGGAAAUUAUUCGGACGAUAGAAUUGUUCAUUCAACAGCUGUUUGUGAUGACCUAAAGGGUAAACUUAUGGGGGCAACUAAGCAGUUUCAAGAUGUGCUAACUACUAGGACAGAGAAUAUCAAAGCUCAUGAGAAUAGGAAGCAGAUAUUUUCCAAGAAAGCAUCUAGGGACAAUCCUUUCCAGCAUCGACCAAAGGGAGUGACUGAGCCACCCCCUUGGUCAAUUUCAUUAAAUGCACCUGAAAGUUCGCAGCAAACAUCAGCAUCCCUUUCAAAUGAAGUUACACCGAGCAAUCAAUUAAGACGGAGGUUAGCUGCUGACAACACUCCAUCCCAGCAAAUGGAAAUGUCUAUGAUGCAGCAAGUUGUCUCGAGACAAGAAAGUUUUAGUCAGAGUCGUGCUACUGCUCUGCACAGUGUGGAAUCUACUAUCACAGAACUUAGUGGGAUCUUCACUCAUUUGGCCACAAUGGUUGCUCAUCAAGGGGAGUUAGCUAUCAGGAUUGACGACAACAUGGAUGAGUCAUUGGCAAAUGUUGAAGGAGCUCACAGUUCUUUAUUGAAGCAUCUCAGGCAAAUAUCAUCGAAUAGGUGGCUUCUGAUCAAGAUAUUUGCUAUUCUGAUACUUUUUCUGCUAAUAUUCAUGUUCUUCGUGGCCUAAAUAACUCGUGUUUAUCCAAUCGCACAAGCGUUGGUGGUGGCUUAUUUGGAUUUGUUUGUUUUCCUCCAUCUAGCGAGGCAAAAAUGGUAAGGGAGCCAAAUGAAGAGUUAUACGUGUAACAGAUGGGUUUUUUUUUUUCCCCCCCUUCACAAGUUGAGAGGGCGCCACUGAUCUGUAAAGAUUUGCAUUCCCAGAUUCUGUCGUUUGGGAUGGCGAUAUAUACACCAAAACUCAUAGUCGAAUGCAGAUUAUGCAAGCUAAGUUAAAAAUGUUACGAGUGCUGGGUAUGGUGAAUUGAUGAUGCGAAAGGACCCUGAUUGUUUUACCUUGGGUAAAAGACGGAGAAAGACGGUAGUAUGUUUUAUCAAUAUGAUCAUAGCGCACGUAUUGCCGAUGCAUGCUAGUUAUCGUAUUGGUGGCUA